AUGAAAGAAGAGGGCUUCUCUCUUGGAUGGACGUGUUUUGAGAGGUGUGGUGGAGGGAUGAAGGCGGUGUUGGCAUCCAGACGGCAGCGGCUCUUCUAUCGGCUCUUCAAAUGUGCAGUCGGGCUCAUCGCAGUCACCUGCUUCGCUCAAAUUCUUCAUGUAACAGCCCAUUCCAAAGAGGAUUCGGACUUGACCUGGGCCCGGCGUAAACUAACGCAGCAGAUCAUAGAGGAGAACCAGACAUCAAGUUCACCCAGAGCUGCUAUUCAUGAAUUUCCUGAGGACAUCUUCACUAAGGGACAGAGGAGGCAUGGGGCAAUUCUACUGCAUGUGUUUUGUACGGUUUACAUGUUUUAUGCCCUUGCUAUUGUCUGCGACGUCUACUUUGUCCCCUCUCUGGAAAAAAUCUGUGAGAAUCUGCACCUCAGUGAGGAUGUUGCAGGUGCCACUUUCAUGGCAGCAGGAAGCUCCGCCCCUGAGCUUUUCACAUCUUUGAUUGGUGUGUUCAUCACCAAGGGAGACCUGGGGUUGGGAACUAUUGUGGGAUCAGCGGUCUUCAACAUCCUGGUCAUCAUCGGAGUUUGUGGAAUAUUUGCUGGACAGACCAUCACUCUGACCUGGUGGCCGCUCUUCCGUGACUCUAUCUACUACAUACUCUCUGUGUUGGCCUUGAUUCUGAUCAUAUAUGAUGAAAAAGUAAUUUGGUGGGAGACUAUAAUGCUUAUAUCAAUGUAUGGAGUUUACAUCCUUAUCAUGAAGUUUAACAGUCAGAUUUGGGGCUGGGUGGAGCAGAGGUUUGGUAUCCCAGGUCAGCCGUGUUUGGUGAGCAGUCUGCGCAGAGAUGUGUCGGUAGGAGAGGCGAGCUCACACUGUGACACCUCCAUGAUCCUCUUGAAGAAAGGUCAGGAUGCGGGUGGCCAGGACUCCCCGGUGGUGAUGGUGGAUGAGAUGAUGAGUCUACACCCUCACCAGUUCUCUUUCUCAGAGGCAAGCCUCCGUGUCAUGAUCACGCCCCACUUCUCCCCCCGCACUCGCCUCAGCAUGGCCGGACGCAUGCUCAUCACCGAGAGGCAGAGACUGAUUAGAAACAGGAGCCCUGGAGACAGCAGUGGCAGCGGAGCAGGGGACACUCCUGGCCAAGAUGGUCCAGGCAUGGAGGGGGUUCCUUGGGGUCUGGAGAACGGAGGGGCCCUUGAGAGUGAAACACAACCCCUGGAGGAACCCAGACAGAAGGGACAAGGAGGAGAGUUAAAACAAGUAGCAGACAUAGAGGACACACAACCUAAAGAUGAAGAGGAAGAAGAGGCAGAUGAAGAACAACACUUCAGACCUUUUACUGUGCCAGAGGGGCGCUGGGAGCAAGUGAAGUGGGCGCUGUCAUGGCCCUUAGGCUGCCUUCUGUACUACACUGUCCCCAACUGUGUUUUGCCCCGCUGGGAGCGCUGGUUCAUGGUAACCUUUGUGGCCUCUACACUCUGGAUUGCCGUGUUCUCCUACCUCAUGGUGUGGAUGGUCACCAUUAUCAGUUUCACACUGGACAUUCCAGAUGUUGUCAUGGGUAUUACAUUUCUAGCAGCAGGCACCAGUGUCCCAGACUGCAUGGCUAGUCUCAUAGUUGCCCGUCAAGGUAUGGGAGACAUGGCGGUGUCCAACUCGAUUGGCAGCAACAUCUUCGAUAUUCUACUGGGUCUCGGUUUCCCAUGGGCACUGCGCACUCUAGUGGUUGAUUAUGGGUCAACUGUCUUCAUUAACAGUAAGGGGCUGGUGUACUCGGUGAUUCUUCUUCUUGCUUCUGUUUUUCUCACUGUACUGAGCGUGCACCUGAACCACUGGAGGCUGGACCGGAGGCUAGGCCUCGGGCUUCUGUUUCUGUAUGCCAUCUUCCUGCUCUGCUCCAUCUGCUUUGAGAAACUCUAGAUCCCACUUUCCAUGUUUUGCUUAGCUGUAGGGUAGAUCUAGACCUAGAUAAUCAUAUUUUACCCCCAGUCACUGCCUUAUUAGUAGCGGUUAUUCCAGCCAUGGUUUGAGGCCAGAGUAGUGAACGUUACACUGUGAAGCGUGACUCUGCUUCGGUCGGUUCUACGCACGGCUUUAAGCCAGUCACCUACUACACAGUGCUGCCAAACUGAAGGAGACUGUCCUUCAUACUGUACCUCUGAAACAUUUCUUAGCACUCAGAGCUUCUUAAAGAGUUUUAAUUACGAGGUGUGAUCAAUUUAUACAACUGGUAUUAAAUGUUUACAGCACACAGGAGACUUUCUCUA